CAUGGCCAAUGGAGGCUGGACUCUUGUGGGAAAGAUCAGUGGCAAAGUUGGCAACAUCUACAAGACUUGGCUUGUGUCUAACCACAACACUGCAGCACUGAAAACUCCAAAAAUCACUAAACAUAAAGAUUUUGGCUGCAUGGAUGCUCGCAGUCUGGCUGUUGAAGCAGCUUCCACGAUUCUGUUGUCCAGUGGCGAGAGGACGGAUGGCUUGGGAAGCAAGUGGGUUAUGUGGAGACUGCCGGGAAACAGAGAAAAAGAAAAGUUCUGGAAUCAUGCUAUUGGUAAAUCCGCUGUGCAGGAGGCCGUUGUGACACCUGUACUGGUGCAUGCAUGGAAUGGAAACAAAAAGGUACCUAAGAACGCCUUUUAUUUUAAACUGUUUUAAAGGAGUUUUAUUCACAGCAGCUUUGGUCUUGAAUUAGACGUGUGUCCUUAGAAUACACAAAACACGCAUCAGGUGAAGUUUUCUGCCGUAGAACUCUCCAAAAAUUUCCACCGUAAUCAAUAUUUCGAGAAAAUGGAAGAUACGGCAGCAGUUUGUCUCAGUCGUUUAAUUCUGUUGAGUUAUUAGUUAUAAGACUGACAUAAUCCGUUAAGCUCGUCUUUGAAAUUGUCAUAGGUUUUAACAAAAGGCGUUGGUAAAAGAAGCUUGGAGCCCUAAAUUGUACCACAACCUAUUCAUCACUCUGAGCUUUCAAUUUUCUUUCUAUUGUCCAUAGAUCUGUUAUCAAAACGAGUUUGGGAUAAUGCCUUAUUCUCUUCAUGGAGGAUCGUAUCCCUACACGUCUCUCAAACACGGAGGCGGA